AUGGAUGACACUGUCACACACGACGAGAGCAACAAAGAGAAUGUCCCUCCAAUUAUCACCGUUUUGGAAAAGAAGAAAAACCCAAUUCCUCCCGUGGCCCCUUCUUUCAAGAGGAACACCAAGAGGAAGAUGAAGAGGGUCCCGCUUGCUGAUAUAACCCAUCUCUUCAACAACUCUGCUCAGGAACAAAAUCACCAAACUGGGGUUUCUGCUUCUCCUCCUCCUCCUGAUUCAGUUUUGCUUCCGGCCAAGUCUCGAAGAAAAACGAUGGUUCUGCUUCGUUGUUCCAAAUCGUUGAGAUUAGGGUUCAGAUAA